AUGUUUUCAAGUCAUCAUAGUUAUCGAUCGCUUGUAAUCGCUGGCAUUUUGAUUGCACUUUCUCUUCUCUUCCUCACUUCGAGAUUAGAGCUCAACUUGAAAACACCUGCGGCAGUCAACCGAUUGUACAACAAGGACCCCAAAAUCUCGAGCGCUAUUUCCAAUGCCACCCUUGGGUUUCAAAAGUUGCUUGUUAUAAAUCUACCCUCUCGAACUGAUCGACGGGAUGCGACAAGCCUCGCGGCAGCAAUCAGUGAUCUUAGCAUUGAGUUCGUCAAUGGCGUCGAUGGCAGUAGUGUACCAGAAGCUGCUCUGCCACCGUCCGGGUCUGAUAAAAGCGUCAAGCUCUCCAAAGGCAUCAGAGGAAGCUGGCGCUCUCAUAUGAAUGCUCUUCAACUUGUGGUGUCUCAAAAUCUCUCAACGGCCGUGAUAUUUGAAGACGAUGUGGAUUGGGACAUACGCUUACGCGACCAACUUGAGCACUUCGCGAAAGCUUCUCGAAUCUUGACCGCAGGCGCUCAAGAUUUUUCAACUUUUCCGGUUGUCUCAAGUGACAAUCCUGAGGAUGCAGAGAGUAUACACAGCGAAGUCUCGGAUAAUGAAAUCGCCAAAAUCCUAUUUUCGCUGCCCUUAUCAUAUGUUCCCUCCCCAACGAAAGUCGCACCAUAUGGCGACCCCUCAAAUUGGGAUGUGCUGUGGCUUGGUCACUGCGGUGCAGGAUUUCCAAGACCAUCUGGCUAUCCCGACGUGUACGACGAGAACAACCUUCUCCUCACGCUUCCUGACGACGAUACAGUGCCACAACCGCAAUAUCUCCGCGCUCACCCGUUUGGUCCCCUAGAUGCUCUAGCCGAGUCACACCCUCCUCAUACACGAGUCUAUCAUCGAGCAAGCGGCGGGGCACUUUGCACGGUCGCAUAUGCCGUAAGCCAACGUGGAGCACGGAGACUUCUUCAAGAGUACAGCGUUACAAAGUGGAGCAAGAUAUGGGAUGCAGAACUUGGAGAAUGGUGCGCAGGAACUGAUUCGUUCUGGAAAAAGUUGGGAGAGAGGAAAUGUAUCACAAGCCAGCCGCCAAUAUUUGCCCAUCAUCAUCCGCCUGGAGGAAGAAGCAACAUUGGAGGCCUGGGCGGCGGGUAUGCAACAAAUGUAGAGUCUAAAUAUCUAAGGCUCAGUGUAAGAAUGAAUCUUCAAGCCCUUGUAAGGGGUGAGGGAAUUGAUGGGAUGGAAGACCAGUGGCCCGAUACGGAGUAG